UUUUAAUUAAAAAUAAAAAAUAAAAAUAAAAUAAAAAUAAAACAGUAAAAUCAAGCAAAAAAAAAUAUGUCUUCGUUGCGCGCCGCGCGGCCUCAAGGCGUUCAAAUGUGCGCGCCAACAUUAAUGAAAGCAAUUAAAUCUGUGCGUCCACGGCGUUCGUAUUGUUGUUGGCCAUUAAUAGCCGCCUACGUCAUUAUCAUUUGCGCCAGUUGUUGUUGUAAGACCGCAUGUGCCAGCGGCAGUGGUGUGGCAGAGGUGAAAUAUCCAUGCGCGUUUAUCGAUACAAUCAAUGUGACGGGCAUCGCCUGGGCGUAUGAGCAACCACCGAGUGCAACGUCGGCAACGGUUGAGCGGUAUGAAGACGGUGAAUAUAACAACAACAACAGGAGUGCUACUAGUACUAUUGAUGAAACUACCACAAGCAAGAAUUUUGAAAAUACCAGCACUGCCUCCGACGCCCCCGCCCCAAUAACACUCAGCCCCACCACAACCGCAACACCAAUCACACCCUCGAUCAACAGCAAUGCCGCACUGCUCCAGCGACUCGGCAUCACCCACAUUCCCCAAGAAUGGAUCGCCGCCUACGAUUUUAUCAUACGUGAUGGUGUACGCAUCCAAGUGGAACGUCAUUUGCGCGCUUGCAUUUGUAAACUGAAGCCAUGCAUACGUUUCUGUUGUGCUGCGGGUCAUUAUUAUGAUACGUUGCAGCGUACGUGCGUUGCCAUUGCAAGCGUCAUUGAUGCAAUUGUGACGAAUACCACCCAGUUGGAGCAUGAGCAACAUCAGAGCGCACUUUACGCUCUAACUGGCAUGGAUCAUCAUGAGGUGGCGGUGCGCGGCGGGAAUGGUAGUACACGAUUGGUGCGUACGGCGGAUCAUUUUAAUGUCAAUAUUGGUGUGCCGUGUGAGCGUAUGCGUUAUGUGCAGCGGGAUAAUCAAUUGGUGCAUUGGACAUUGUUUGAGAACGGCACAAUUGCUUACCGUCAUCAUUUCUUCUCCAAUUAUUACUGUUAUACACCACAUCAAGUGGAUAAUGUGACGUGGGAAUGGCAACCGUUAGCGUGCGUACCGAAGAAAUUACCGUUUGUCUUGGAUACCAAAGCAUGGACGUAUGCAAUUUGUUUGAUUUUGGCUGUCAUCUGCAUGUUUAUUAUACUCUUCGUCUACCUCUUCUGCACUGAUUUGCGAAACACGUUCUAUGGCGUCGCAAUCAAAGUCUACACGCUCUGCAUCAUCAUUGGAUACUCACUGAUGGCGCACUUAACGCUCACAGAUCCUGCGCAGUUCUCUCAAUGGUCCUGCAUCAAUAUACCCGCCUGCGUCAUCCUUUACGUGGUCUUGUCAUUCUACAUUUUGAGCUUUAUCAGCUUCAAUUUUUAUAUGCAUUUCCAUGGCAUAAUCAUGUCGAGAUUAAUGUUUUGGCUUAUAUUCUUUCCCAUUGCGCUGCUGACUGUGGGUUGGUCGAUUUUUGCCGCAAAUAAUGAUUAUGAUGGGAAACCGAUAUUUGGCGGCGACACCUGUUGGUUCGAUCCACGCAACUGGUCCAUCAUGGUCUACUAUUAUGCGCCCAUAUUUAUCGCAUGUGUGCUGUGCAUAUUCUUCUACAUACUCACGUUGAUUCACAUAAGCGAGAAGCGAGAUUUCAAUAUACGAAAAGCCACAGAAUCGCUCGAAGAGAAUCGUUUCAGAUCCUUUUGGAAAUUCUUUACCUACACCUUCGUCGUCUUCUUGGUCUGCGUAACAUCGUUCGCCAUUAAUUAUUAUCGCGAAGAAUGGACACACAUUAAUUAUGCCGUUUGUUUGUUUAUUGUUUUUCAUGGCUUCAGCGCUCUGUACGCUCUGAUUGGGCAAAAUCAUCAGGUGCAGAAUUUUUUGCGACGCAUUGAGGACGAUGUAAGUAGCGAUGAUGACGAGAUGACGGAGAGUGCUCUGCCGAUGUCAGGCUUUUAAGUGUUUCCUUAUCAACCCUUGGCCUUUGGCAACUGAGUCGCGUUGGAAUAUUUAUUAAUAUAGUCUUAGUGAAAAUAUGUAAUGUUGAUUUUUGUAUGUAAAAAAUAUUAAAUUGUAAUCUAUCUAUUUCAAUGUAGUAAAGUAAAGGACUUAGUCCUUGUGAUAAGUU